AUGCUCGCCCUGGAGGCUGCACAGCUCGACGGGCCCCACCUGAGCUGUCUGUACUCAGACGGCAUCUUCUACGACUUAGACAGCUGCAAGCACUCCGGGUACCCCGAUGCAGAAGGGGCUCCUGAUUCCCUGUGGGGCUGGACCGAGGCCCCGCCUGCCCCAGCUGCCCUCUACGAGACCUUUGACCCUGCAUCAGCUGCUUUUGCACACCCCCAAAGCGUUCCUCUCUGCUACGGACCCUCCACCUACAGCCCUGUCGGGGGCCUUGACCUGACACCCAGCUUGGAAGCCCUAGGCCCUGGCCUCCCAGCGUACCCCACGGAGGACUUUCCCAGCCAGUCCCUGGGCGCCCCCGCUGCCUACAUCCCGUACCCCAGCCCUGGGCUGUCUGAGGAGGAGGACUUUGUGCUGAACAGCCCCACGCUGGAGGUUUCGGACAGCGACUCGGAGGAGGCCCUCUUCACGGGGGCCGAGGGGAGGGGCGCUGAUGCAGGAGCGCGCAAGAAGCUGCGCCUGUACCAGUUCCUGCUGGGGCUGCUGACCCGCGGAGACAUGCGCGAGUGCGUGUGGUGGGUGGAGCCGGGCGCGGGGGUCUUCCAGUUCUCUUCGAAGCACAAGGAGCUGCUGGCGCGCCGCUGGGGCCAGCAGAAGGGCAACCGCAAGCGCAUGACCUACCAGAAGCUGGCGCGCGCCCUGCGCAACUACGCCAAGACCGGCGAGAUCCGCAAGGUCAAGCGCAAGCUCACCUAUCAGUUCGACAGUGCGCUGCUGUCCGCCACCCGCAGGGCCUGA